CUUCACGCUAUAAAUAAACGGCGACGCGGCCGACCAAUCGCGAGGCGUGUUGUGUGUCAAGUGUAACGCGCUCGUCUUCCUAAGCGAAACAGUGACGAGUCCUGUUCAAUCCGGUGAAGUCCUGCGAAGUCAGCUGCCGCCGCUUUCCAGAGUCCAGAUUAUUAUUUAUCGUUUGAAAAGCACAAGACAACCCUUCAACCAUGGCCGACGAUGAAGCUAAGAAGGCAAAACAAGCGGAAAUCGACCGCAAGAGGGCCGAAGUGCGCAAACGUAUGGAAGAGGCGUCCAAGGCCAAGAAGGCCAAGAAGGGUUUCAUGACCCCGGACAGAAAAAAGAAACUCCGUCUGUUAUUGAGAAAAAAGGCGGCCGAAGAAUUAAAGAAAGAACAAGAACGCAAAGCUGCCGAACGAAGGCGGAUCAUCGAAGAACGGUGCGGACAACCGAAGAAUAUCGACGACGCCGGCGAAGAUACGAUCAAACGAGUGAUCAAAGAGUAUUACGACAGGAUCACAAAAUUAGAAGAUCAAAAGUUCGACUUGGAAUACGUUGUGAAAAAGAAAGAUUUCGAGAUCAGCGAAUUGAACAGCCAAGUCAAUGACUUACGAGGAAAAUUCGUCAAACCAACUUUGAAGAAGGUUUCCAAAUACGAAAACAAAUUCGCAAAACUCCAAAAGAAAGCAGCGGAAUUCAACUUCAGAAACCAACUGAAAGUAGUGAAGAAAAAAGAGUUCACCUUGGAAGAAGAAGACAAAGAAAAAAAACCCGAUUGGUCCAAAAAGGGAGACGAAAAGAAGGGUGAAGGAGAAGACGGCGACGGUACCGAAGACGAAAAGACCGACGACGGUUUGACUACAGAAGGCGAAUCUGUCGCGGGCGAUAUGACGGAUGCGACGGAAGACGCUCAAAGCGACAACGAGAUACUCGAACCAGAACCAGUGGUUGAACCCGAACCAGAACCUCAACCACCAUCCCCUGCGCCAGAGGAACUUUGGGCAUAUCUCAAGGACACUGUGUGUUCGAAUAACCCGCUCAGCGUCGACGACUUGGUUGACAAACUUAUGACUGCAGUAACAGCUAUACCACAACCCCUACUGAACUCUGUGGUUAAAGAUACUAUCAAAAAACAAAAAUCAAUUGACGAAGGACUCGAAGGUGGUCCUCCGGCCGAAGGCGAUCCUGCAGCACCCGCGGAUCCGGCCGAUCCGUCCGCCACACCGGCCGAUCCAUCCGAAGUGCCAACUGAUCCGGCAACCGAAACGGCGGCACCGUCGGACCCGGCCGCUGAAGUGGCGACGCCGACCGACCCGGCCACCGCAGCGACAGAACCGGUGGACCCGGCCACAGCUUCUGCGGCUGAAGCGCAGCCAGCACCACCGGCCGAAGGCGAACAACCAGCGGUCACCGAGGAAGUUAAACCGGCGGAAGCGCCCGCCGCAGAGGCCGCGCCGGAAGCAGCGCCUGCAGAAGCAGCAGAAAGCGUACCAGAACCAGCAGCAACAGCUUAACAAAGACAAUGCAAAAACAAGAGUCGUUCAAUCAUGCAUUCUGAAUAUUUUAUACUUAACAUCGUCAAAUACAAUCGGCGUUAUUUUACUAUUGUGUUCUUGCAAUUUUUUUUAAUUAACCACAUUGGAUAAUUAUAAUGCAUACAAAUUGUUUUCCGUAUUAAAAACAAAUACCUAAU